AUGGCCAAGGCAGCCAGGGCCUUCUGCGUCCUCCUCCUCCUCGUCGUGCUGUGCUGCCAGAGCCUGGCCCAAAGAGCCCCGGCCGUGCCCGACAAGUGCUGCUUCAACUUCCAGACGAGACGAAUCAAGAGGGACAACGUCGUCUCCUGCUACGCCACCAGCCCUGAGUGCCCGCACCAGGCAGUGAUCUUCAAGGUGAAGAGCGGCAAGGAGAUCUGUGCCCAGGCAGGCACGGCCUGGGUGAAGAGGUACCAGCAGAGCUUCCCAGUCAGCUCCUUCUCCAUCCCCAGCUAGCGUGGCUGUGGGAACCCCGCAGGGCCCUCCAGGGUGACCCCGUCGCAGAGGUGGCCAUGGGGACACGAGGGGCAACGUGGCACAUCGAGGCUGUCCUUCCCAUCGCAGCCCCAU